AUGGAUAUUUGUAUUAGCCAUCUUUACAAUAGACAGAUAAAAAAAAAUAUAUUACAGGACGUAUUUUACAAAUUAGAAAAUUAUGAUAAUGAAGAAUUUUUAUGUUUCGAUGUAAACUCAAGUGGAAGUCUUCUGGUGGCUGCAUCCAAAACGUCUCUUUACUUUUUUCAUAUUUUAACAGGCACAUUACUAAUUCAGCAUAGCUACUAUAAUGAAAAUGAAAGAGAAAACUCUCUGAAAAGGGACAUUUUUGAGGAUAUAAAAAUUUGUGCUAGUACCUCUACUGGGGUUAAUGAUAAAGGAAGUAAUUCAAGCACCAGGAAUGAGGGUAUUAAAAGUGUAGAAGCUGAUGACGGAAAUGAGUUUGAUAAUGAUAAAGAGAUUGAAAAUGAGAACUGUACAAGUGGAAAUAUUUCGAGGAGCGAUAACAUCAGUAGCAAUGACUUUAGCAAUAUGAAUGAUAACAUUAAUAAUAACGAAAUUGACAACAUGAUCUUGUGCUGUGAUGUUAGAGAUUCAAAGUGCAAUACAAUUUCCAAUUAUGACGAAGAUCUGAAGACAACAAAAGAGGAGGAAAGUUGCUGUACCCCAAACUUAGAACACCAAAAUGGAAACGAAUUUAGUGAGAAUUCGUUAGCAAAAUGCUGUUCAAAGUAUAAAGAAGACUCCGUAAAAUCAAGUAAUAAGAGAAAACAUAUUUUACUAAAGGGACAAAAGUCGAAGAAAGUGAAAAAACGUUCUAGACAGUCCCAAAAAAACCUAAACAGAGGUAGUGAAAAUGUAACAAAUUCCAAAAUCAAAAAUAAUGAGAAUAGCACUAAGAAAAGUACAGACGACAAGUUUGAAGAUGAAAAUUUACACAUUAAGAAAAUUCAAUUUAUUAAAAAUGAUAAAUAUCUAUUAUGUAUAUCGAAAAGAUAUUUGCAUAUAUUCAAAAUUUUCAAAUAUCCGAUUACUAGAAUAGUGUACAUUGAUUUAUUAUAUUUAUGCAUUGGAAUUGAAACGAUUAUUUCAAACAAGUUGUUUUUUCCAUGUUUCUUUUCUGAGUAUUUUUAUUUUUUUCUUAAGGAAAAUGAAUAUAAUAAACAAAGAGUAGAGGAAAGUCUUAUGAGUGGUAGUUUAAGUAAUGAUUUUUCGGGAGCAUUUGGUUCAAGUUAUGAUCUCUCUAUAAAUAAAUGUGAAGAAAUUUCUGAAUGCAGCAAAAAUUUUAAUGAGUUGGAAUCUCCACAACUAAUCUGCAACCAAAAUGAAGUAACUUCGAAGGGACAUCUAAACCUUUUUAAAGAUUAUUAUAAACUGUUCAGUAGUUUGAACUUCCAAAAAUCUAGAGAUUUUGAAAUGUGUGAAGUAAUGUGCAUGGAUUUAAAAAAAAAAAAAUACAUGAAUGGGAAUGAAAAGAGAAAUUUGUAUAUUAUCAAUCUAGUUUUAUGUUUAAAGGAGCAAAUUCCGUACGUUUCCAGGGUUUAUGUAGAGGAAAUGAACGACCCCAAUGGAGCAUACAUGAUUGAGCCAGAUGAAGAAUGCAUGAAUGAUUAUGUUGUUGACGUAAAUGAGACUUUUCCCAUAAUUUCCUAUAGCCAAAUGGAUAUCACAUUUCAGGAAACGGCAAGAGAGAGUUCCUUGCACGUGAGGAAAGAUGCUCUUUAUCCUAAGCAUAAAGCGAAAAUUAAGAAAAAAUAUCUGAAAGGUGUUUUGAAAAAUUUGGUAUAUAAUCAGGAAAGCGCUGUGAAUAAGAAGGAAUGCACUAGAGCGUUUGGUGAAUCAACUGUGGAGGUGGUUCCUAAAGAAGAUAUUAUUAGAGAGAUCUCUGAAUCAGCAUUUAGCAAUGGAAAAAUGUUAGAGAAUGAAGAAGGAUACACAAGCAGUAGUAACCAUCCUGUUAGUGAGACUCAAAGGGAGCCUGUAAGUGCUUGCGAUGAGAAGAACAAUGAGUACAUGCAGUUAACAAAAUUUUUCGAAAAUUAUGAAAAUAAUCGAAAAUAUCUAAAAAAGUUGACGAAUGGAUAUUUCCCCAUUUGUGUUUUCAAAAAAAGGAGCAAGAGAAGAUCUAAGGAGCUACCAACAGCUUUAAAUAUUUACGACAAUUUAGAUGCACUUCUAAAGGGACACAUUGAAGGAAGUAACAAUUUGAACAGAGAUAUAAAAGAAAAGGGUAUUUUCAAAAAAGAAAAUAAUUACUACAUUUUUGAUUAUUCUGAAAAGGAAAAAACGAACUAUUUUAAUUUCCCUUGUAAUUUGUUAAAAAAUAAGAGCAGUCUUAAAAAUGUAUAUAAGAAUAGGCACAUAGAUAAGAACAAAUACAACAUAUUUGUAGGAACCCCUUGUUACAUACUCGCAUUUGAAAUGUCAUAUGUCAAGAAGCGCAUCCUUAUUGAAGAAGAUGUAAGCAGAAAAAUGGAUGUGUUAAAAAAAAAAAAUUUUGUAAACACAAAAAUUAAAAACAUAUCCGUUGAAAUACUUAGGACAUGUGAUAAUUACUUAAAAAAGAUAGAAGAGGAAAACAUAGCUGAAAAAAAAAUACAAUUAAAAUUUCUAUUUAAAAUACAUUUGGGAAUGACAAUACCAUUGGAUAUCGUCAUAAGAGAAAAGGGAAAUAUUUUGUGCGUUAGGACUUUAGAAAAGGUAUUCCUGUACAAGAUUAAUUACAAAUAUAGUGCUCAUUGUAUUGAUGGGAUAGAAAAUUCGGAGUCGAUGCAAUUAAUGGAUGAAAAGAAUUCCAUAUAUGAAUGCGAAAAUGGGACAACUUUUGGGGAUGGAAAGAACAAUGUAAACGAUGGAGUGAUAAACGAAAGUUCAAUUAAUAAAUGUAUAAAAAGUGAUGAAUUACAGAGUUAUAUCGAUCGUAUAUGUUUAUAUCACACAAUUCACAAUCCAAUUCAGAAGGAAGUCCACGAGUUAUGCUCUUUUAGUGAAGACAUUUACCAAUCGUAUCUAUUAGUUGUAUCGUUAAAAUCUGGACAGUAUACUUUAUAUAUAUACGAUUUGAAACAUAUGGAUUUACAAAAUGCAGUUAAAGUAAACAUUUCUGCAUAUAAAGGAUUUAAACAAAUGAGAUGGAUAAAAUGUUAUGAUAUGCUAGUGGCCCUUUCCAACAUGGGAAAUUAUAUAUUGGUAUUAAAAAAUAAGCAUCUAAAUAAUUGGAGCUUUUUCAUUUCCGAUUUUGAAUUAAUAGAUUCAAAUAUUGAAGUUAUUGAAGAAGAAAAUGAAUUUGAUAUAAUAGAAAAUAUUCAGCCGAAACAUAAAAAUAUAGAUGAUAAUAUAUGGAAAUACAUUAUUUUUUAUAUAAAUUUAUUCAUAAAAAAUAAAAUAAGUAUUCAAAAUUUAAUACAUCCAUCAUCUCUUUUUCCUAUAAUAUACACUGGGUAUUAUAAGAAUAGUCCUAUUUAUUUUUUUUAUAAAUCGUAUUAUGAUUUUAGCAAGGAAAAUUUUUUGAGUUAUGAGGCCAAUGAAUGUAUAGAAGAUGAGCAGCAAAUAUGGGGAGACGAUCAUUCGAAACAGGAGAAAAAGAAAAAAAAAAAAAAAAAAAAUCAUUCACUUUUACAAAUAAGAGAAAAUUUGGAUCAUUAUGUACAUUCGAAAUUUGAAGAAUCAGAAGAGGACGAGAAAAAUGAUAUACUUAUUACCGAUAACUCUAAUUGUGUGCAAUUGCUGGCACAUGAUGUUAUCUAUUAUGUAUAUUACAAGAACAUAGUAAAUUUUUCAUUAUAA